GGUGCUUGUUAGUAGAAUCUGGGAUGAGAGAGGGGUUUUGUUUUGUUUUGUUUUCAGUUUGACUUCUCUCUUUGUGUUGUAUGAGAUCUCAGAGUGACCCAACAACAGCUCAGCCAUGGAUUCGAAAGAUGAAAACAUGGAGCUGAUUAACGAGGCCAUCAAGAGGCUCUUAGAGGAGAGUAAAAACAGAGAUGCCUCAGCUGAUGAUGAUGACGACUGCCUCCUCCUCUCCCGAUUGCUCUCUCAGGUAGAGUCGUUAAAAGGCAACGAGCGGCUUCAGAAACCCGAAGCUUUAACGAAACCGGGAGAGUUAACUUCCUCUGCAGAUGGCGAUCAAUCGAAGCCGAAAAGAGAGAGUGGUGGUGACAACGCAGACGGAGAUGACGGUGGCUCCGAGGAAAUUGAUAGAGAAGAGAUAAUCAAAGAACUUAACAAGGUGAAGAGACAGAACACGAUCACCCACUGGCUUCUUUCCGUCAUGAUUGUGCUCACUGUUGCUUGGCAAGCCUCUGAGGUGACCCUUCUCUGGAAAUUUAAAGAUGGGUUGAGCCACCCGUUUAAAUACUUUGGAGACAUGCUCACAGGGAAAGGGGCAGGCAAUGACUUAGAAGAACACAAAAAAGAGGCUCCUCCUCUCCCUGGUCUCAAAAUUCCUGAGUUCCCUCACGUGGAGUUGCCAGAUAUGAGUCUAACUGGUGAACAGCAUUGAGCAAAUUGCUUGCCUUUCAUCUGCUCUGGCUCAAAGAUUCAAUAUUAAAGAGUGAAGAAGAAGAGACUUUCGAUUUUAUGGGUUGACAUUUUUGAAUCAUGGGAUUCUUGGGAGGAGAGCUGUGAAUAUUGCUACUUUGAUAAAGUUUAUUCAGCAAAUAGUCAAUAAGCAGAAUAGGUAGGAGUGGCGGUAUUUGCACAAGCCUCUUCUUUGAACCGUGCUUGUGAUUUUUGAUUCAAUGCAAGAUUGAAAGUUAUGGAAACGAACACAAAAGAUUGUUUACUCCAUCCACAGCUUCACUAUCA